AUGCAAGCAGACUCCUCGGUCACCGUGCAGGCACAUGUUCUUCAAACUGUUUCAUCAAUAUUACCAUCCUUCGAAAUGUGCUCGCACGCGUGGCCUCACCUCAACAAUUUAAGAUUGGCCGAUCCAGACUUCUUGAAGCCGCGGCCGAUCGACAUUAUCCUAGGAGCGGAUGUUUAUGGGCUCAUCAUCAAGCCCAACAUUCUCAACCACUCACCUUCAAUGCCAAUUGCUCAGUUGUCAAUUUUUGGUUGGCUCGUUCUUGGCCCAGUGCACUCCACACCGUCUACUUCUUGCACUGCAUUUCAUGUCAAGGCUCAAACUGACAACAAUGAGUUGCAGCAACUCCUCACCAAGUUCUGGAUUCAGGAGGAGCUACCAUCCGACGCUGCAAGCCCACUCACACCUGAAGAGCAAGAGUGCGAAGAUCACUUUCGUGCUACUCAUUCUCGAGACGCCUCAGGUCGGUACAUUGUUCGAAUCCCACUGAAAUCAUCUCGCAACUUAUUGGGCAACUCAUACAGAACCGCUCACCAUUGUUUACAACGAAUGCUCAAGAAGCUUGAGCGAGAUGACACACUCAAGAAACUCUACGCAAAUUUCAUGCGGGAGUACGAAGACUUAGAACACAUGGUUCGUGUAUCGGGACACUCAUCAAAGCCAACUCAUCACGGCGAGUCCACUGUUGACGCAGUCUCCGGUGAGAUGACCUUGGCACCAGAUACUUCAAAACCAUUUGGAGGGUCGAGGGUCUCAUCUGGCGGCUCGGAGACACGGAUGAAGCCUGUGUAUUAUUUGCCGCAUCACGGCGUUCUCAGACCCGAUAGUACCACCACUAAGCUCCGUGUUGUAUUCAAUGGCUCAAGCUCAACGUCUUCAGGACGCUCAGUCAACGACAUCAUGCACACAGGCCCAAACCUGCUGCUAGACGUCUUUGACGUACUCAUUUGGAUUCGACAUCAUCGACACAUCUUCGCCACCGACGUGACAAAAAUGUAUCGUCAAAUCAAAGUGCAUGAAGACGAUUGGGAUCUUCAGCGCAUUCUCUGGGUUGAUGAACACCUCAAUGAAGCUCAUUAUCAGCUCACCACGGUGACCUAUGGCACAAAGGCAGCCCCAUACCAUGAUGUCCGAGCUCUCACCCAACUGGUUGAGGACGAAGGCCAUCGGUUUCCGCUGGCAAUUCCCUCAUUGCUCAAGGGACGAUAUGUCGAUGACAUAUUCGGGGGAGCAGAUUCAAGCGAACAACUCAUCAAAAUCGCUCACCAACUCACCAACCUUUGCAAGGCGGGAGGCUUCCCUCUUGCAAAGUGGCAAGCAACUGAUCAGGCUCUACUAGCGGCAGUUUCGGCAACUCAUGAGCCUUCAAAACCCAUCUCAUUCGACGAUUGCUCGACCAAAAUUCUCGGACUCGAUUGGCUCCCACGAGCCGAUACCUUUGUUUUCACAGCAAAGCCUAGUGAUCACUCAAAAUCAAUCACGAAGCGACUCAUAUUAUCUGAGGUAGCACAGAUAUUCGAUCCACUUGGACUCAUCUCACCUGUGACAAUCAGAGCAAAUUGCUCCUGCAAGAGCUCUGGUUACACAAAAUCAACUGGGACGACCCAUUGCCGUCUCACAUCAUUUCAAGAUGGUCUCACUUUAGAGAAGAUCUCAAAAAUUUGGCUCAAAUCUCAAUUCCCAGGUGGUUUCACACCUGGACCAACUCAACAGUGGAGCUCCACGGUUUCUCUGAUGCUUCUCAACUAG